GGACCCCCGCCCGACCCCGCCCGACCCCGGUGGUGUGCCUAAACCAGACUAUGUGCCCACAGAGAAGCUCUCGCUCCAUCUUCAGCCCCCCUCGCACAGCGAUGCUCACCGCCCCCUUUCAGCUCCGGGAACUUCACUAAGCCGUCGCCCAGCGCCCAGUCAUGGGGGACAUGAAGACCCCGGAUUUCGACGACCUCCUGGCAGCCUUCGACAUCCCCGACCCGACCAGCCUGGAUGCCAAGGAGGCCCUCCAGCCGCCCAGCGAGGAGAGCGAGAGCCCCCUGAAGCCGGCAGGGAUGGGCAUGGACGAGGGCCUGCCCCUGGCCCCCGCCGGCCCGGCCCCGGACGUCCCCGCCGUCAGCGUCAUCGUGAAGAACACCAGCCGCCAGGAGUCGUUCGAGGCCGAGAAGGAGCCCCACCCCGUCCUCCUGCACAACGGCUUCCGGGGACCCGACCUGGGCCCGGAGCCCCCCGGCCCGGGCCCCCACUUCGGCAAGUUUGACUCGCCCUUCGUGAACGGCGACAGCGCCCGGGGUUACCCCGGCGGCAAGGCCGAGCCGCCCAAGGCGGAGCCCCUGCCCACCUUCAGCCAGUUCAGCCCCAUCUCCAGCCCCGAGCCCGAGGAUGCCCUCCAGGACCCCGGCGCCGGGGAGAAGCAGAGGCCUGCCGAGAGCCCCUUCUUCCCCGCCCCGCCCGGCCUGGCCCCUCCCGGGACGGCGGUCCUGGAGGCCCUCGGGAAGCUGCCCGAGCUCAGCAUGUUCGACCACUACUGCAAAAAGGAGCCCAGGUUCGAGCCGCAGCCGGGCGGGGCGGCCGAGCCGGGGCCGGACUCCGGCCGGGGCCCCGGGGAGGCCCACCGCUUCCCGGGCGAAGCCCUGGCCUUCCCCGGCCUCCCGGCCAACCACGUCGGGGACCCCUCGGGCCCCGGGCCCGAGCCGGGCCUCUGCUCCUCCGUGCCUCCGCGCCAGCGUCUCAAGCCGGCGCACUCCAAGUUGUCCUCGUGCGUGGCGGCCCUGGUGGCCCUGCAGGCCAAGAAGGCGGCCGCCGGCCUCGCCAAGGACGACGUGCCGGGGAUCGUCCCGGGGCCCCCGGAGCCCGCCCGGGAGGACGCCGCGGGAGGCAGCCCGGGGACCCCCCAGUCGCCCCAGAGCCCCUCGGAGGCCGGGAGGAGGGGCGGCAGGGCUCCCCCGGACAGCCCGCGCAGCGUCUGCAGCGACAGCAGCGCCCGGGGGUCCCCGCCCGCCAUCCCCAAGGUCAGGAUCAAAACCAUCAAGACGUCGUCGGGGGAGAUCAAGAGGACGGUCACCCGCAUCCUGCCCGACCUGGACGACGCCGGCAAGUCGCCCGCGGGGUCGCCCGGGGCCGGGCCCGAGCAGGCCGCCGGCCGGACCUCCCCCGCCCGGAGCGAGCCCCCGGACGGAGAGGCCGGGAGCCCGGCCGGGGACGGGGACGGGCCCGGGGCGGCCCCGGGGCCGCGGUCCGCCCGGAGGCCGGGGGGCCCCCCGGCCCCGCCGCCGGGCGCGAGGCCGCAGCCGGGCCCGGCGACGCAGGCGUCCGCCCCGGCCCCCGCCAGCUUCCUGCCCAAAGCCGUGCACCUGGCCAACCUGAACCUGGUCCCGCACAGCGUGGCCGCCGCCUCCGUGGCCGCCAAGUCUUCGGGGCAGCGGCGCGGCCAGCCCCAGCCCCCGCAGAUGUCGGUGCCCCUGGUCCACCAGGUGAAGAGGGCCGCCCCGGUGGUCGUGGAGGCCUUCAACAGGGUCCUCCACGGCGCCAACCCCGUGCCCGUGUACGCCCCGAACCUCAGCCCCCCGCCCGACAGCCAGAUCCGCCUGCCGCCCAGCGGCUUCAGCUGCCCCGAGUGCGGCGACGCCUUCGCGCUGGAGCGGAGCCUGAGCCUGCACUACGGCCGGCGCAGCGUCCACAUCGAGGUGCUGUGCACGCAGUGCGCGCAGACCCUGCUCUUCUUCAACAAGUGCAGCCUGCUCAAGCACGCGCGCGACCACAAGAGCAAGGGGCUCGUCAUGCAGUGCUCCCAGCUGCUCAUGAAGCCCAUCGCCGCAGACCAAAUGUUCCCGCCGGCGGCCCCGCCCGCCCCGGCCCCGGCCCCCGCCUCCCCCAAGGGCGGCCCCGCCCCCGCCCCCUCCCCGCCCGCCAUGCCGCUCUUCUCGGACCCGCUGAGGCUCAUCCGCCACGGGAUCAAGUGUCUUGAAUGUAAAAAGCAGGUGCAGGACUGCGUAGCCCUGGCCGCUCACUACCAGAGGACGGCCGAAGACUCCGAGGGGCUGACCUGCCAGGUGUGCCAGAUGAUGCUGCCCAACCAGUGCAGCUUCUGCGCCCACCAGCGGAUCCACACCCACAAGUCCCCCUACUGCUGCCCCGAGUGCGGGGUGCUGUGCCGCUCCGCCUACUUCCAGACCCACGUCAAGGAGAACUGUCUGCACUAUGCCCGCAAAGUGGGCUUCAGGUGCAUCCACUGUGGCUCCGUCUUCACGUCCCUCGCCCUGCUGAAGGGGCACAUCCACGAGCGACACUGUCAGGUCUUCCACAAGUGCGCGUUCUGCCCCAUGGCCUUCAAGUCCGCCAGCAGCACGGCCGCCCACAGCGCCAGCCAGCACCCCAGCCAGCCGCACAAGGCCUCUCAGCUGAUCUACAAGUGCUCCUGCGAGACCGUCUUCAACAAGAAGAAACUAGUGCAGCAGCACUUCUACCAGAACCAGAGCAAGCUGCUGGUGGGCGUCUUCAAGUGCCCCGAGUGCCAGCUGGUCUACAUGCAGAAGCAGCUGCUCAUGCAGCACGUCAAGAGCGUGCACGGCGUCCCGCGCAACGUGGACGAGCUGUCGGGCCUCCAGUCGCGGCCGAGACGCCCCCGGCCCCAGGAGCCGCCCGCCGCCGGCCCUGCCCGUCAGGGACGGCCCCCGCCGAGCGUGGCGCGGAGGUCCGGCACGGGGCAGAGGCCCCGGCCCAGGAGGAAGAGCGUGGGCUGGACCUGCCGGGAGUGCCGGGAGUGGCUCCCUGAUCGGGAGAGCUACGUGUCCCACGUGAAGAAGAGCCACGGCCGGGUCCUGAAGCGUUACCCGUGCCGUGAAUGCGAGCUCUCCUUCCACACCUCCGUCACCCUGCGCAGACACGUCCGCAACAACCACGACACAGCCAAGAAGGUCUACACCUGCUGGUACUGCCCCGAGGAGCGGCCCACCUUCCCCCAGCUUCCCCUGCUGGAGAGCCACAUCAGCCUUAUGCACGCAUCAAGAGCCCCGACUGGAGCCAGGCGUCCAAGGCCGCGGCUCCGGAGAGGGGACCCUGCCCAGAUGAGAGGUCUGAAGAGAGCAGCCGGCGCGGGCGGGGAAGGCCCGGGCCCGACCAACGGAGAGGCCAGCCCCGCCCCCAAAAGACUCCAGGCCCUCUUCCAGUGUGCGAAGUGCAGCUUCGCCACGGACUCGGGGCCCGAGUUCCAGGCCCACAUACCUCAGCACCGGACGGGCAGCUCCGCGGCCCAGUCGCUCUGCGGCCUCUGCUACACGUCGGCCGGCUCCCUCAACCGGCACCUCUUCAUCGUGCACAAGGUGAGAGACCCGGCGGAAGAGCAGGAGGAAGAAGCGGAGGAGGAGGGGCGGGGGCAGAAGAGGAGGAAGAAGAGGAGCCGGCCGGAUCUCUCAUUCCGCCUCGGCCCCGGCCGGGGCCGAGCCGAGCCCUCCCGGGAGCCUGCGCUGUCGCCUCCCCGCUCUGAGACCUGCCUCGCUCCCCUCAUCGCAUUCCUCUUCCGGGCGCCGCCGGGGCUGCUAGCCGCCGCCUGCCCCGAAGCCUCCGGCCUCCCCCCUCAGAACUUUCUCCCUCUCAAGUGGUUCUCCGGCCUGCUCCAUCUGAUAGGGAUAGAAGAGGCUCGGGAAGUGGGGCCGGGAAUCGGGCGGAAACCGCUCUUUGCUGUACCCGUCGCCGUUCUCCGGUUAGAGAUUCAGGCGGUGCUUCAGGCUUGUGACCCAAACGGCAACUUCUGA